AUUUUCGGGAUUUGUCGGCGGCGGACCGGUGACGAGAAUUAGAACUUUUAUAGAAGUAAACUGUUUUUGAAGUUUAUCGUACUAUUUGUGCGAAAAUUAUGUACAAGUACAAGUCACUUCUUCAGGGAUGUGUGCCACUGAGAAGAAAUUUUGUGACAGUGGCGAAGAAAACGGAGUUUAGUAAUGUCUUGCUUGUGGUGCCCAGAAAACCUUCCAGACUCACACCGAGGAGGUUGAUGGCCACUGAGUAUGUGGGAGGAAUUGGGAAAUACGGCAACGUGCUGGUGAUUGGUGGCAUCCUAGGAUUUGUGGGAAUCUCAGCUUAUCUAUACAAGAACGAUUUGAUCACACUUGGCCUUUCACCUGAUAAAAACUCUGUAGCAAAGCCCUUAACCAACGACACACCAAGCACGGCAGAAGAUGCAGAGGCUAAAACCACUGCAGCUGCUACAGCGGAGCAGAAAGAGGCUGCUUCAGCCACCACACAGGCAGCGGAUCAGACAGAUUCAGGUGCAGCUGCAGUAACUGCUGUCUUUCCAGAGCAUGUUCCCUAUGUCAUAGUCGGUGCAGGCACCGCUGCGUUCGCGGCAUUCAGGGCGAUACGAUCCAACGAUCCCAAAGCAAAGGUGUUAGUGAUAGGACAGGAGGAGUACAAUCCUUACAUGAGACCGCCGCUAUCCAAGGAGUUCUGGUUCAGCAAGGAGAAGGAGGCCAUAGCCAACCUGAGAUUCACCCAAUGGAAUGGCAAGGAGAGAAGCAUCCUGUUUGAGCCUGAUUCCUUCUACUGUGACCCGACAGAACUAUCUGAGAGAGAAAAUGGUGGAGUGGCCAUCAUGAAGGGACACAAGGUGGUUUCGUUAGACGUGCAUAGUAAGACUGUCACCCUAGACGACGGGAAAGAGGUGAAAUAUGACAAGUGCCUUCUAGCCACAGGUGGGACCCCGCGGAAUCUGCCUGCUUUUAGAAAAGCUGGAGAAGAGGUUAAGAAGAGAAUCACGCUCUUCAGAAAUAUUAAAGAUUUCCUGGCGCUAGAUGACAUCACUCAGACGGCAAAGAGCAUCGUCAUCAUUGGGGGUGGAUUCCUUGGGAGCGAGUUGGCUUGUGCCCUGGGAAGAAGGGGCAAAGAAACUGGAAUGAAGGUUACUCAAGUCUUCCCAGAAAAAGGCAACAUGGCAAGAGUGCUUCCUGAAUAUCUCAGCAAGUGGACAAUGAAAAAAGUAAAGCACGAGGGUGUUGAUGUCAUAUCUAAUGUUUUCCUGAAGUCGGCUGGCUAUGACAAGUCAGAGGAGAAAGUUGUGGUCAGACUGAAUGACGGGAGACAGUUGCUGGCAGACCACGUGGUAGUAGCUGUGGGACUCAAACCUAACGUAGAGUUAGCCAAGACAUCGGGCCUCGAGAUUGACGAUGAUCUGGGGGGCUACAGGGUCAACGCUGAGCUGGAGGCAAGGAGCAGUGUCUUUGUGGCUGGGGACGCUGCCUGUUUCUACGACAUCAAGCUUGGCAGGCGGAGGGUAGAGCAUCACGACCACGCUGUUGUCAGUGGUAGACUAGCAGGGGAGAACAUGACGGGGGCCAAGAAACCCUACUGGCACCAGUCUAUGUUCUGGAGUGACCUUGGUCCCGAGGUUGGCUAUGAAGCGAUAGGGAUCGUCGACGCCAGUCUACCCACAGUGGGCGUGUUUGCUAAGGCCACGCCCAAGGACACGCCCAAGGCUGUGGUCGAGGCAACGGGGGAGAGCAUCAGAUCGGAAUCAGAGAGUGUGGCAACCGCGACUCCGCCCGCGGCAACCACCAAAGCACCGGUUGCUCCCGUGGCAGCCGAGGAUUAUGGGAAGGGCGUCGUCUUCUACCUCAAGAACAAUAUGGUGGUGGGGGUGGUGCUCUGGAACGUUUUCAACAAGAUGUCCAUUGCUAGAAAGGUAAUCAAGGAGGGGAAAGAAUACAGCGACCUGAGCGACUUAGCGAAACUAUUCAACAUUCAUGAAGUGCCCGAGUGAACAAAGACUCCAGCAUAGGAAAGAUAUUCAAAUUCGAAAUUUAUGAAAAAAAAUCAGAUUUUUAUACCAAAUUCAGGAUAAAUGUGUGGAUAAGAAUCCUGAUAAGCUUCGGUUUUGCUCAUGAAAUUCAAUGACAAAUUCACUCUCAAAAUGUCCUUGUCAUUUUGUUGCAAUAUCUGGAAUGAGAUCUCGGCAAAAAAAAAAUAUGGAUUGGCAUUUCACACAUUACAACUUCUUGAUAAAGAAGUGAGGAAAAUUAAUAGAAAUAUUUUUAAGUUGAACAAUCAACUUGUCACUUUUCAUACUUAAUAUGACAAGUAAAACAAUAAGUUUGCACAUAAGGUGCAAGUUACAUUGUUCAAAAAUUACAACAUUGAAGCAGAGGAAACAGAUUUAAAUCAAGUACAAAAGUUUUAAUUUUGUCAAACUCUCAUAAAUUAAUUUAUAAAAUCAAUCACUGAGAAAUUUAUUUCAAACACAUUUCUACAUUUUGUUUAUUUUGGUUACGGUUGGCGUUUGUCAGUAGAGCGAGCACACUGUGUUAUAUUUAAAACAAAUUGAGCUAUCUUUAUUUGAUGUCAUUUUCAUAUCCCCACCCCCCCCCCAAAAAAAAUCCUUUUCUUUUUUGUUGUUGAGAAUUUUGUAGUGAUCAAAACAUAAAAAUCAACAAUAAAAGAAACUUAAAUAAUUUGCUUUUCUUUAGCUAAGUAGCCGUGUAUAAUAUAUUCUAAUAAAAUUCCAAAAACCUAAGUAAAAACAAUUUACUUAACCUUCAAACCACUCAUUGAAGAAAAAAUUGAACGACAUAAAAAUUAAUUCAGGAUUUUUUGCAGAACCUCGUUGUCUUCUUGCUUUCAUGGUGUGAUUUUUAUAAUUGUGAUCACUUAAGCACUGAAAUGUGUUGGGUAAAGGUAAUUGACCUUGACAAUUAUAAAAUUCAGAGAUAUAUUUUAUUAUUUAAUUCACAAACGUAGUAAAACAUCCAGAUAUUAAUUCCAAAUGAAAAUUUUGAAUUUCGAGCUAAAGUAUCAUUUAAAGUAGUUAGUUGAAAACAAAAUUUCCAGCCAUGUUUCAAACAUAACAGAUUUAUAGAUUAUAUUCCUUUAUUGAGAUAGAUAUAUUGCCCAGCAAGAGAGUAAAGCGACAA